AUGGAUAAUAUUGAUACUUUUGGUCUGAAAAUAUCCGUUCAAACAUUCUAUGACAAUAUGAAAAUGUUCAAUGACGAUAUACUCAAAUAUGGUGCUUAUUCUCAAUUUAAAAUAAUUGAACAAUUGACAACAGAUGAAAUAAAAGAUUUGACACUUUUCACCAAAGCCGAACUCGACAACGUGAUUCAACACGUUCGAACUACCGAGGUUGCUCCCUCGAUGCCAUCGUCCAUUCAUCAUCAGCCCGUGGCUACAAUUGUGAAAAAAGAUGCGGAACAAACAAUGCUGGAUCGUCAGACGGAAGAAUUGUCGAAAGUCGAAAAAGAAUUAGAACAAUUACGACAACUAGCCAAACAGAAUGGCCUAUCGAGAAUACAAUAUGCGAUCGUGAUGUUACUCAUGGAAUUGAAUGAAAUUAAACGGAAUAAAACAAUCUUGAAUGAAGUCAAUUUGUUACAUUGGAGAAAAUCACCUAAACAAUUGCAACGACGGAUUGCAAACGAAUCUGUUGAGCAUAAAAAAGCCGGCGUCUUCAACGUCAAACGAGUCAA